AUGGGUUGGUUUCCUUGGCUAUGUCAACUGCUCUGCCUCCUUUUAUUUUCCCUGGAUUUUCAAGCUAACUUUUCAUCCUCUUUAUCUCCUUCACCAACACCACCACAGUGCUCUGAUUUUGAGAGUGCUGCGUUGUUGCAAUUUAAAGGCACAUUUUCCAUCAACAACGCUUCUGCCUAUCUCUGCAAUUUCGUCGGUACGAAAUCCUACCCCAAGACAAACUCUUGGAUGGAAGGUACAGAUUGUUGCCGAUGGAAAGGAGUUGUCUGUGACAGUGCCUCUGGUCAUGUAAUAGGCAUCGACCUAAGUUGCAGCUGGCUUUACGGUGCCAUCACUUCAAACAGCAGCCUCUUUCUCCUUCGGCACCUACAACGGCUCAACCUUGCUUAUAAUGAUUUUAGAGGCUCUAACAUUUCACCUGAAUUUGGUGGUUUCGCAAGUUUAACCCAUCUUAACCUCUCCUCUUCAGGGUUCUCGGGGAAAAUCCCAUAUUCCAGCAUUAGCCAACUGUCCACGUUGGUUUCAAUUGACCUCACUGUACGUAACUAUGGACUAUUGCAAGUUGAAGAACACACUCUCAGAGGACUUGUUCAGAACCUAACAAAGGUAAGAGUACUUGUUCUCAACGGAGUAAACAUUUCAGCUGUUGAUCCUGGCUCCUUGAUGAACCUAUCUUCCUCUUUGAUAUCUCUUAGCCUUAAUAAUUGUGGUUUGCGAGGAAGAUUCCCACAAAACAUUUUUCACCUACCCAACCUUAGGAUGCUUAGUUUAUCAGGUAAUCGGGACCUUUCCGGUUAUCUUCCAAAGACGAAUUGGAGUGGCCCCCUUGUGUCUUUGAGUCUUUGGUCUACAUCUUUCUCUGGAGAAUUGCCUGAUUCAAUUGGCAAUCUAGAGUCCUUAACAUAUUUGGAUCUUGCUGCUUCUACCUUUUCAGGAUCUGUACCAAGAUCAUUGGGCAACUUAUCUCAACUCAUUUACUUAGAUCUUUGUGCUAAUGGUUUUACUGGUCACAUAUCCUUCUCACUUGCAAAACUUACACAACUUGAUCAUCUUAGCCUUUGCAGCAAUCAACUAGUUGGUCUCAUUCCUGAUCAGGUGUCUUUGUUUCAUAAAAUAUCCUUUCUAGACUUAGCUUACAACUUCCUCAACGGAACCUUGCCCACUUGGUUGUACUCCCAUUCUGCUUUAGAAUUCCUAUAUCUCCAAGGUAAUAAUUUCACUGGUCAAAUCAAAGAAUUCCAACAAAAAUCAUUGGUGUACAUAUAUUUAGGAAAUAAUAAACUCCAAGGUCCAAUCCCAAAUUCGAUAGUCGAACUUGUGAAUCUUACUAAACUCAGUUUAGAAUCCAACAAUUUGAGUGGCAUUGUGGAGUUAGACAUGUUCUCAAAGCUCCAAAACCUUCAAGUACUUGAUCUUUCAAGUAACAACCUAUCAGUGAAAUCCAACAUCGAUGUCAAUUAUACAUUACCUAAUCUUUUUAUGUUGUUUCUGUCAUCUUGUAAACUAAGAGACUUCCCCAAAUUUGUAAUAGCUUUGACCAAUUUGAACAGAUUAGACCUUUCUAAUAAUGGUAUUCAUGGCAUGAUUCCAAAAUGGUUAGGGAAUGUAGGGAAAAAUUCCUUGUCUUAUCUAAACCUUUCAAACAAUUUCUUGACAUAUUUAGAGGAAAUCCCAUGGAAUCAAAUGCAAAUUCUUGAUCUCCAUUCGAACUUGCUUCAAGGAAAGCUUCCAUUCCUUCCUCCCACAACAACUUUCUUUUCAAUCUCCAACAAUAGCUUGAGCGGAGGGAUUUCUUCUCAAAUUUGCAAUGUAAGUUUCCUCAGCAUUCUUGAUCUGUCUCGUAACAACUUGGGUGGAACCAUUCCACAAUGCCUCGUAAACUUCAGUGCAUAUCUUUCUGUUUUGAAUCUGAAAAUGAAUAAGUUUUAUGGAAUCAUUCCCUUCUCAUUUGCAAAUGAUUGUGGGUUGAAGUAUAUCAACUUCAAUGGCAAUCAAUUGGAAGGAAGAUUACCACCAUCAAUGGCUGGCUGUAGAUACAUGGAAGUGCUAGAUUUGGGUAACAAUAAGAUAAAUGAUACAUUUCCUCAAUGGUUGGAAACUCUCCCGGAGUUGCAAGUUCUAGUCUUACGAUCAAAUCAAUUGCAUGGGUUCAUUCAUGGUUGUAAAUCAGCUCAUUGUUUCUCCAAGUUGCAAAUUCUAGACCUUUCCAACAAUGACUUCACCGGUCCUCUACCAAGCGAGUACAUUGCAAAUCUGAAGUCAAUGAGAAACCAGAGGAGAAAUGAUGGGUCUUUGCAAUACUUGAGAGAUAUUGGUAGCUAUGGUUACACCUACGACUAUUCUGUGGUUGUGGCAAUUAAAGGAUUUGAUAGAGAACUUGUUAAAAUCUCAGCAAUAUUCAUAAGCAUUGAUCUGUCCAAUAACAAGUUUGAAGGAGAAAUUUCAACAGAUUUUGGGAAACUUAUUUCCAUUAGAGGUCUUAACCUUUCUCAUAACAGCCUCAAUGGUCAUAUACCCCAAUCAAUAGGAAACUUGACUGUUCUAGAGUGGCUAGAUCUCUCCUCGAAUAAGCUGGUUGGGAAGAUUCCAAUGCAAAUGGUAGACUUGACAUCACUUUCCUUCUUGAAUCUUUCCUACAAUCAACUCGUCGGACCCAUACCUCAAGGCAACCAAUUCAAUACAUUUGAAAAUGGUUCGUUUGAAGGGAACUUGGACUUAUGUGGAUUUCCAUUAAACAAAGCUUGCAGUGGAAAUGAAAAUCAACAAUCACCAUCUAAUGACUCAGAUUCUGAAUAUGGGUUUGGCUGGAAAGUUGUGUUAUUGGGGUAUGGAUGUGGAUUUGUAUUUGGAGUGGCUGUUGGAUAUCUUGUGAUUGUAACUCGUAAACCAAAAUGGCUUGGGACUUUGGUUGAUUGGUAA